AUGAUUCCUGCAGCUGAGAAGCACGUUGUUCGAGGAUGGGCAAGAUUUCAGACGACUCUGGACCUCACAAUCGUACUGACGGCAAAGGCUGCAUCUAGGAUGGGCGCAAUGAGCUACGUGACUGCUGGCACGACAUGGCCAGAUCUGCCAAUACCAAGGCCAUUCCAAGCGUUGGUGGAAAAGCUGCUCGAGAUUGGAGAUAGCGGCCAUACCGAUGCAGGUUACAGGAUGGCUACAGAGAUCUUCAGUCCCGACGGCGUGCUGGACCACGGAAGUUAUAAAUUUGUCGGCACGGAAGGUGGUUAUCUCUGUCUACAAGCUGCCCAGAGCUCUACUGAAAUCCCCGUCGCAGAAAUCACCAAUUGUCGCAAUAAAGCGAAGCCUGGCCGACCGAUCGUCAAGCGGCGGCACCAGAUCUCACGAGCGUACAGCCAGACAUCCAAGGGUGACGAUUUUGUGGUGAUCGGGGAACUCACCGUCGAGUUCGACAAUGGGAAAACGCUGCAGAACCCACUCGCAGCGAGAGCGGUGGUAGAUGAGUCCACGAUUCAUACCGAGCCCCGAUUGAAACUUUGGACCCUCUAUGUGGACAUGGCCCCAAUGAUAGCAGCAGCUGGAUCAUGA